UUCUGUUCCUCACGCUUUCACAAUGUUACUCGCUGGUGAACACGAAACGCGAACCAAACACGGAUACAAUGAUUAGCCAGAUCACGUCCUGUUACAAGCAUCUUGACCUGUCCAGGUGUAUAACAGCUUACGGUUUAUGGAAGGCGCAAAGUGCUCUAGAAUUUGAAGCGAAUCGCCCAUUUCAAUGGCGUCGGUUCGUCAAUAAUACUCAAGAGGAUAUGUUUUCGAGACUUUGCUUGGAAACUGAGAUGUUACUCCGGCGGCGUUCACUCACUAUGAACCUAAGUGACUACCAACUAAAGCUCAAGUCUACAGGCGAUGGAAAAUUUAACUUGGAUCUUUCGAAAGCCAACAAUCAACAGCAAGCCUCAGGACGCAGCAGCAUGAAACAAUUGGACAAGAUGAUUGAAAAUUUUUUUCCGCUCAUCAUUCUACCGGGACUAAUUAUGUCUGCGAUUCUGCCAUUCUUUUUGCCUGGACUCAAAAUGAUGACCCUUGCAGCAGGAAUGCUCAAUAACAUGGCACUGACUGGAGCAGUCUUCACACUUCUCAGGAACAAUGCUUUCAACGAUAAAUCUAGGAGAAAAAUAAUUUAUAUCAACAAUGGCUAUGGCGACUAUGAUCAUUUUCCUGAAGGAUCAGUGAAUGAUCCCAUUAGCAUUAAUUUUGAUUCAAAAGUGAACACAGUAAAUACAAAAAAUAAAGAUCAUCGUCUUAUUGAAAUAGAAAAUACUGGAAUAAGUUACCCUGCCAUAGAAGACUGGUUGAAAGAUAACAGCGGGAAUAAAGGAAAAGUUAAAAAUGUGCAGAUAAUGGGUGAAGUAAGCAAUGGCAUGGAUUGGAGAAGUGCUUGGAACCUGAUGCAUGGAUGAUAAUGAAUAAUCCAGGUUUUAUUUGAACCUAAAGCAUACUUUAUGAAAACAAACUAAUUAACAGUAGCAGUACUAAAGUGGCGUAAACGAGGAUAUAUUCUUUAAAAAUAUGGUUUACUGAUCAAUUUUGUAGAUGGAAUAUAUUGAGAAAAUGAUAUCUAUAGUACAUUUGCUGAUAAUUCACCAGAAAAUUGAAAUAAUUUAAAUUUAAUCAAUCUAAAAUAAAAAUAAUUGGAUAUUUAUUUUUACUCGAUGGCCAUAAAAUGUUAGGAAGUUGUAAAGUAAUCCAAAUAAUCUCACUAAAUAUUAUAUGCUCUUAUUAAUCAAUGUUUUGGUAGAAAAGCAAUGGAAUUUUUUGACAAAUUCCGCGGCUUAAAACAAGCUUUAGUUCUGAAGAUGAUCGCUGCCUCCAUGCCGAUUUUGUGCAAGUCAAGCGCUGCUGUUCUGCUUUCUUUUACACUCUUUUUUAUUUAUGAGAUUUAAUACAAAUCUUAAAUAAUUAGAAAUGUCGGGAAAUGAUUGAAGUUUAAAAUAACAAUUUUUCCUUACAAAUUUAUGGCUAGACUAAUUAUAUUUAAAUUGAUAAUUUUGAGGAGAUUGCGUAAUAGAUAAUUCACUAUUUCUGAUGAAUUUAAGAUUUCUAUAGGAUCUUUAGACGCCAAAGUGUAGCCAAAUUGAUACAAUAAUAUGAACUCUCUUGAGGCCAGCGAAGGUCGGCUAUCAGUAAUAUUUUAUCAUGUAGUGAAUCCUCUUUGGUUGGUAGUUCAUUUAUAGAUGAUAUUUCUUUCAAAUCAAAUCGUCUAAGAGGAUGUAAAUACUACAUAAUAAGGGGCGGGACUGCAUAAGUAAAUAUUGAAAUUUUGUUUAGUAUGAAACGUAUAGUGAUUUGAGAUUAGUUUGAAAUAGUAAAUACAUUGUGACAAAGUAUAAUCCGGCUAAGUUUGAUAGCGAACAGUUGCUUAAAACGUAGUGGCUAUGUCCGAUUUUUACAAGAACAUAGCCGUCAUCUGUCAAUCUAUCAAUUAUUUCACGUUUCAUACAAACACUUUUCUCUUAUUCUCUUCCCAGUAUUCAGUCUAUCUCUUACUUGAGAUAAAAAUCGUAAGUAUCGUUGACUUUUCUGUCCAAUAAACUUAUCGACGGUAACUCACCUUAUCCGUACACGCUGUCUGUCAAUGGGACGACGUAUAAGCUUACCAGCGAUUGAAGUUUAAGAAGAUAGAAGAAGAAGACGAUAAGAAUGACUUAUCGGUAAUAUUGGGACAGCUUCAGAUUAUUGUGAUCUAAUUGCUGACAGUAGAAGGUAGUAAUUUAUAUCUGUCUGUAGAUAGUAUAUUGGGAACCGCCGUUAGAGAGUUUCGCUAGGGUGCAUAAUAUAGUGCCUAUUAUUUGAGAAUAAAAAAUACAUUUAUAAUUAUCAGUAAUUACCUAUAAGUUGAUAGUUUGAUAAGCCGUAUUUUAUAUAUUGCUUAGGUACAUUUAAUAAGCCAUGGGGAACUGAAUGUACUUCGAAUUAUAUUUCAUACUUCGAUUGCCUCUUGGACUGCAUAUUUCUGGGGACUUCAAGAUUUUCUAGUCGAAUUCUAAAAUUAUUAAGAUUUUUAUAAAAAGACUACUGACGCGAGAAUUGCAAAUUAUAGUGUAUUUUAUUGU